AUGGCCCAUAUCCGCCUCUACCACCCCACAGACCUUCCCUCCUGCAUUCAAAUCUUCCAAGAAACCGCCGACUCAUCUCUCAACACCCCCAACCUCUUAACUCUCGGCUCCUACCUCUGGUGCCGCCCCUACCUCACACUCUCCCCCCCAAAAAGUUUCGUGCUAGACAGCGGAUCCGGAAAAGCAGUAGGCUACUGUAUCGCAACAUCGAACACCCGAUCCUUUGCCCGAAAUUGGAGAAAAGAAUACCUGGCCUCCCUGACAUCCUCCAAAGACGAACAUGAUCCAAUCAUCUUCUCCUCUCCCUCAGAAGCGUUUCCGGGACAUUUGCAUAUUGAUAUUUUGCCUGAGUUUCAAGGACAGGGGUGGGGUGGGAAGAUAAUUGAGAAGUUGUUGGGGACUUUGAAGGAGGAAGGGUGUGUUGGAGUGCAUAUGGGUGUUGUGGCGAGCAAUCAUAGGGCGUUGGGGUUUUAUGAGAGGCUGGGAUUCGAGAGGUGUAAAGAUGUUAGUGAGAGCGGAGAGGUUGGGAGGAAAGGUGGUGCUGUGAUUAUGGUGAAAGAGCUCUGA